AUGUCAGGCUUUCAGAUUCCCGGCCUUGGUCAGGCCAAACCCAACGAAAGGUUACCGCCGCUUGCCGCCGAUGAGCAGAUGCAAGAUGCCAAUCCGCCGACACCGGACUUGCCCCCGCCGAACCCAGUGUCUGCUGAACCAACAACGGCGAGGGUAAUCGUGGGAACGGGGGACGGACUGGAGUCUACCGAGGGUGAAAAGGCGACCGAGGAUGCCGUCACGACAGAGGAUGCCAUGCUCGUCGACGGAACCGACAGCACUCCGUCAUUGACGCACGCCCUCGAGGCGGCCAUCGGCGGACUCGAUGAAGCGACGACGACGGCGGCACCGGCACAGGAACAAGAAGCGACGGAGCCGACGGCGUCGACGGAACUGCAAGCGGACGUGGGAGAAAACCCCGAGUGGGAGAUUGACUCGUCGCCGUAUGAGUCCUCGUCAGACUCGAGCAGCUCCGACUCGUCCGACUCCGACUCCGACAAUGAGGGCUACGAGCCACUCGGCAUCGAGGAGACGGUCCGGCUUCUGAUGCAGUCCGAGGGCGGGUCCGAUGACGAGGGUGACAAGGCAGGCCGGUCGGCGACGGCGACGCAGCUGCGGACGAAGAAUGAGAUUCUCGACGAGGUCAUCCCGAAACCCGACGUCAGCAUCACGGCCGAGAUGAAAAUCGAAGAGCUGGGCGUGGUGGAGUUCGUCGUGGAAAACACAAUGCUCGUCAAGGCCUUCACCCCCGGCGAGUACCAGGUGCUCGACACCGGUUCCGUCCUCUGCACCGCCGAGCGCACCGUCAUUGGUGCCGUGGCGGAAACGAUUGGCAAAGUCCUGCAGCCCAUGUACACGGUGCGCUUCAACACGGAAGACGAGAUCAAGGAGCUCGGCAUCGAAAUCGGCACAAAGGUCUUUUACCCGCCCGACCACGCCUCGUUCGUAUUCACCGAGCCGCUCAAGAACCUCAAAGGAUCCGACGCCAGCAACAUCCACGACGAAGAGGUCGGCGACGAUGACAUGGAGUUUUCCGACGACGAGAAGGAAGCCGAGCACAAGCGGUCGCUCAAGCAGAAGCGCAACCGGAACAAGGCUCCGGCCGACGGCGGCACGAGGGGCGCCAGGGGGCCCCAUCCGCUGCGGCAGGAGGCGGUGCCGGACGGCGACUUGAACUACGACGACGACGGGCCGUACAAGCCGCUGGCCCGGCCGCCCGGGUAUGGAAUCGGUGGCGCGUCCGGCGACUCGAUCGAACUUCCACCCCGCUCCGGCUCCCAACGCGGCGGCCGACGGGGCGACAGGGGCGAUAGGGGGAACAGGGGAGGUAGGGGAGGUAGGGGGAGCAGAGGAAGAGGCGACCUUCGAGGGGGCGCUCGCGGCGGACACGGCCAGCCGAGGGACGGUUACUCCCUUCCCCCUCAAGGAUAUCAGCAGCAAUACCCCCCACAGCCGCAGCAUCAACCUGCCGGCGGGAACUCGUGGGCGAACCCAUCCGGGCCCUCGCCCCCGGCGAUGCCAAACUUUGGCUUCCAGUUUCCUGGCUGGCCGCAGCAGGGACAAGGCAUGCCGGUUCCUCCGCCUCCUCCGCCUCCGAUGUGGCCUGCUCAGGGCGGACAGGCACAAGGCCAGCAGAGCGGCGGCACCUUUAUGGAUCCCGCUCUUUUGGCGGCGUUGAUGAGUCAAAUGCAGGCGCAAAGCGGUCAGCGGCCGUGGGGUGGGCAGCCCCCUCCGUCAUCCUGA